AUGAGUGAGUUCUUUGCGUUUCCACGAACGCCCCACAUGGCGGGCAGCGCGGUGGUGGACGACGACCAGGUGGUGGACGAGAACGCCCUGCGGUACCUGCUCGCGGACGACGACGGCGAAGACGGGAUGGCCAUCGUGGUGCAGGAGAAGAUGGACGGCACCAACGUGAGCCUCUACUUUGAAGACGAGUGGUGCCCCGUCCUCCAGAAGCGCUCUGGCAUCAUCACCUCUGGCGAGAAAGCGCAGUACGACGUGUUCCGCGAGUGGGUGUACGAGCGGAUGGACGAGCUCUACGCGCUGCUGGGCAAGCGCCAGUACGUCCUGUUCGGCGAGUGGCUCUGGUGCCAGCACGCCGUCCACUACGACCGCCUGCCGUCCUACUUCCUGGGCUUCGACCUCUUCGACAUCGCCCAACGGCGCUUCCUCUCCUACGACCGCAUGCAGCGCAUACUUGAUGGGCGCGUUCCCGUCGUGCCCCUCCUGUGGCACUCGGGGCACGCGUCUUCUUCUUCCACGUCUUCUUCCUCCUCCUCCUCUACUUCGUCGUCGGCCCAGAGCAAAUUCGAAGAGCUCAAGAAGUGCGUGGGCCAAGAGAUGAUGAAGAAGCCGUCGGCCCAUGGCGGGGAGGUGAUGGAGGGCGUCUACGUGCGCGUAGAGCAGGGCGGGUGGGUCAAGGACCGAUUCAAGAUGCGGCGCAAGACCUUCACGGCCGGUCGCGAGGGCUUCACCACCAACAUCAAGAACAACGCCCUCCUCACCGCCGCGACAUCAUCUUCCUCAUCAGCGCCUGCACCAGAGGGCAAGACGAGCAACAAGAAGCCCACGACAGCGGCGGCGAGUGGCAAGGGAAAAGGGCGAGGAGGGAAGAAGUGA